GAGCGACCGUCCCCGAUGUCCGCGCGGCGGCCGGCCAGGGCCCAGCACGCGGCCGCCACGGCGACGGUCACCCCGCGGAUCCUCAACCUGGCGAGGAGGUCGUCGUCGGCGGCGGGCGGGAGGCCGAGCCGGGGCGUGGCCCGACCGCAGCAGCCCCGCCCGGCGCCCCAGGCGGUCAACCUCGGCGCGCUGUUCGAGAUGGAGCGCCGCGUGCGCGGGCUGGAGUCCGCGCCGGCGUCGCCGCCCUGCUCCUCCCGGGGGCCUGCCGCGCGGCCGCGUGAGCGGGAGGACGCCGCGGAGCAGGAGGAGAAGUGGCGGUUCCAGGCGGAGAUCCUCCGCGCCGAGUGCAACUUCCUCCGGAUGGAGCGCGAGGUCGCCCUCCGCAAGCUCGACUGCCACCGCGGCCAGAUGGAGGCCGCCCUCAAGACCGCCGUCGAGACGCUCGCCUCGGGGAGGAAGAAGAUAGACGGAAGCGGCGAGGUCGGCGUGGCGGCGGCGUUGGAGGAAGGGAUCGAGGACCUGAAGGAGAUGAUGCAGGAGCUCCGGGUGGAGAAGGAGAGCGGGAGGAGGGCGAUGAGCGGCACGCGGGAGCUGCGGCGGAGCCACGGCCGGAACUUCGAUCGACAAGCGUCCUCGCUCCGCCGACGCCUCGAGAAGAUGCCAUCAGCCGACGCCGAGCCCACUAUCAAGGACAUCCGCGAGAUCGCGCGCCCGGUCUCCCCACCGCUGCCUCCCCCUGCCGAUCACAGCGACGGCGAUGACCACGCCCCCAGCGCCAAUCUGUCAGAUGUGGAGAUGCUGAGGGUGAAGAUGGAGGGGAUGUCGAAUGGCAUGCGCGAGAGGAUGGCCGAGUACAGCCGGCGGCUGGAAGCGGUCGCGUCCGGCGGCGACAACGCCGGCUGCCAGUCGAGGAAAUGCGGCAGCCGGCACAGCCGGAAGGCGAGCGCGUGCAGCCAGAGGAGCUGGAGCGGCAGCAGCAACGCGAGCAACGGCAGCAAUGUGGCGGCGUUCCGGCAGAACGCCUCGCACGGCGGCACCAGCGUGGCCUCCGAGAAGAAUCACCCGCACAAGAUUGUGGCUGAAGAUUGCAAGUUGGUGCGCUCUGGAAGCUGCUGCGACUGCAAGGAGAUUGUGGGGAAGAUAAUGAAGCAAGUGAGAGCAGAAUCGGAGCAAUGGACUGAGAUGCAGGACAUGCUGGAGCAGGUCAGGCUGGAGAUGCAAGAGCUGCAGUCUUCCAGGGAUACAUGGCAGCGCCGUGCCAUCGCUUCUGACAUCAGCCUUGGUUCCUUGAAUUCUGAGAUGCUGGAGUGGAAACAACGCGCCCAAGCAUCAGAACAGCAUGCCGAAGAGCUCCAGAAGAAGGUGUCAGAGCUCCAAGGCAAGCUGCACACCUUCAAAUCCCAUUUCCCCGCCCCAAACCUGCCGAGCCGAGCAUGGUCUGAGGCUUGCAGGAUGGAGAACCCGCGGGCAGCCAAGGCCCAGCACCACCACCACCGGCCACCGCAGCAGCAGCAGCAGCAGCAGCCGGACUGCGGCAAGGAGAAGGAGAAGCACGUUCUGAUCUGCCGCGUGAGGCACUCGCCCAGCGUCAUCCCGAGGCGCUCGCCGCUGCAGGACAUCGGCAACAUCGCCUUGCCGCGCCGGCUGCGGUGAGCACUGACCAUCCUCUGCUGGAACAAAAGGUUUUCCGGCAGGAGAGGGGAAGGAGGAACUCUGUCACUUCAGUUUAGUGGUUUAGCGUCUAAUAAUAAAGUAAUUUACUGCUGCUAAUUUAAUAAUAACCACGACUGACUUCUCGUCAGUCAGGUCUGUGGUGGUGAGUAGCCACUGAUCAGCUUUGCUGGGUUGGAGUUGGAGUUACUUUCCGUAGUACAGUGUCGACGAAUAGGCGCGAUCAGCCAGAGGUGUAUGUAAGGCGAAUGCCUCUUUUUUUUUUCCCUGAGAUUAAUUGGCAAUUUUGUUUCCUGCUUCUUCCAA